GUUGUGUUCAGUUCAGUGACGCACGCACGCACGGGAGUCUUUACAUUUUUAACGAUAAUAUGUGAAUUUCGCAAAACCUCUAUCCGCAGUUGCGGGCUCUGAACAGAGAGACUGUUUAUUCGGUAAAUGAUUUCUUCCUGAUUUCCUAGGCGGUAAGUCAUCGAAACUGCGACUGUUCUUCGAAUUCAUUAGGAACCAUCACCAUCGGUAACCACGCCAUUUUGUGACAUCCACGCAUUCAGACAUAAACACCAAACUUUCUAAUUCUGUUGAUAUCCAUGCGCGAGAAGUCUGGCGAAGCCAGUGAACAUCCACACAAGUUGUGUUUUUUAUCGUGUCCCCAAAAACAACUUCCUUCGUUAUUCCCGAGAAUCAGAGCCAGGUUAUUGCGAGGCGUUUGGCGCCAAAUUUUUCUCAUGCAAAGAAAGCAAAGUGCAUCUGCCCUGACGAGAAACAGCUGUCUUUUGGACAUCAAUGGAUGUAUUUUGUCGACUUUUUGCUGCACUCUUCCUGUUUUUCGCUAAAAGUUUUAUUCAGUGAGCUCGCGCUUUAUCUGGAAAGUUCGUGAUGGUAGGAUUGGUACGUUAUUCGUCAUGUGAUCACUGUGAAAAGGUUUCUAAUUAACCGCAAGUGUUUUUUGCACGAUUUGGGCUUCAAGUCAAGGUCCGAAUUCUUGCUACUCAAACUCACCUUACACGACCUGUUGGAUGUCAGAAAAGCGGAAAAAUGUCCGGUGAUUCAGGGUGGAAUGCUGUUAUCCACCAUCCUUCAGAACUGGAGUUGCAGAAUUGGAAUUGGGAUGAAAAUGACGGUGAGACGGAAAGAGAAUUACCCUCUACUGUCGAUAUGGACGCGAUAAAAGGCGGAGGAAGCUGGAAUCCAGCUACUGGCCCAAAUGGAACCGAUUCUGUGGAUUCGGAGGAUGACUCCGAAUCUGAAGAGGAUAGUUCUGGUGGGACGGAAGGCAGCUGUUCAUAUUCAGAUUCAAAUACCGAAUCUGACGAUGAAAGCAGUGGCGAAGAAGGGGAUGAUACGGGAUCGAAUUCCGAUUGUACUUCCAAGCACAGCGAACAAACAUUUUCAAUUCGCGAAACAAAUUUCGAACAGGGAGCACUAAAACUUAAGAUCGCUAUGAAGGCCACAAAGAAAGAAGAUGUAGAUAAAUCAAAGUGCGAUAGAAGCAGGCGAAAUCAAUCUAGACGAACUAAGACACCUAGUCGCGUUGCUAAGACUGCAGGGUGUAGCACUGACGAAUCGGAUUCGUCAGCUAGUCCAGUGCCACAAUUCGCACAGCCACAGCCACAACCUCAACAAUCUCAGCAGCCACAACCACCACAAACGCCACAACAGCCACAACCACAGCUGCCUUUACAGGAAUUAAAUCAAGAAGACUUAGCCGCGAUUUUACCAGAUCAAGAUCAUGAAGAUGCUCCUUUUGAUGGGUUUGAAGAUUCGGAAAGUGGUCGUUUAGUCUCGAAAGCAAUCGAGCGAAUGUCGCUUGGAGCUGAUUCUGAUUCUGGAGAAAAUACUGAUCAAACUCCCGUACCUGUUUAUAGUUCAACUUUACUGCAGCAAUUCGCAGAGAAAACAGCUCUGCUCUCUGAACCAAGAAAAAGAAGAGGAAAAUUAGCGAAGAAGUUAAAUGAUCCGGAAUACGCUUGUGUCUCAAAUGUGUCUCCAGAUUCUGGUAUUCAAUCCGUGAAUAACAGUCCCUUACAUUUGGCCGUAAGUCCUGUUAGUCCUCAAGCUCCUUCACAGUCCCCGGUUCAACCAGUACCUCCAAAACCUGCUGUGAACGUCGACAGGAUUUUGUAUCCUCCAAAGCGAAAACCUGGCAGGCCUACCAAAACGGUUUCCUCACAACCUAGAGGACCAGGGAGGCCCAAAUUGAAACCAGAAAUUAUCGCAAAGAUCGAGAAAAUCGGAAAAGGUUCAAAUGAGCCUCAGGAGAAAUCUAUUAAGGAAAUUCCAUGUGCUAAGAAGCCCGCACAGUUUAAAUCAGCUCCCGUUCCAGAACCAAAAGAAAGUCCCUCUAACAAGAAAUUAAAGAGCAAAAAAACAUCUCAGAAGAAGGAAAUCGAAGAGGCGAAAUCGACGAUUUCAAAGAAACAUUCUGAGAGUGAAAAAGUCUUAUCGUCGCGUAAAAAGUGCCUAAAUAAGCCCAGCGUUGAUAAGACCAGUGUUGAAAAGACAAACGUUGAAAAGCGAGCAAAGGAAACUGAGCAGUGCAACGAACAAAAAGAGAAGAGCGAUAAGAGGGUGAGGAGGGAUAAGCAUGUUUCAAGGAAGGAAAGUGCAGAAGUUAGUUCCGAAAGGCAGGAGAAAACGGUUGUAAGUCGAGUUCCAAGCGAGGAGAAGUUGCCAAACAAUAUUAAAAAGAGUACAAAAGAAAAUAGACUCGAACCAGUGUUAUCAAAUAAGAAACAAAAUUCUGCGCGAAAAGCAGUAGCUACACUUUCUAGGAGAGUAUUGAAAGAAAAUAAGAGUAACAAAAAGACUCCAGUGAGUUUGGAAACGAAUGUUGCAGUUCAAACGAUAAUAUCCUUGCCUGUUACUAUUCCUCUGCCUGAAAAUUCGGAUAUUAUUAAAAAAUGCGAGAAGCUGGAGGUAAAGAAUCAAACAUGUCAUCAUCAUCAUCAUAAGCAUCGGCAUCACAAGCAUUGCCGGAAGCUCGUGGUACCACCGAAAACUCCAGUGCGAGUUGAUCCUUUCAUAGUGCAAGAGUUGGAGAGUUUGAUUGAGGAAUUUGCCAAAUCCUGCACUUUGGGAAGAAACAACGUAGCUUCCAACCAUUCCGAACUUCCGCAGAUCUUUCGGGUGAAAAAGAUUACAAAAAAGAGGAAAGGAAGCGAAAUUAAUUCUGGCGAAGAUCAGAAACUGAAGAGGCGACCGAAGAAGGAAAAAGUGCCAUCGAAUGCGGAUUCCAAGAGUAGUACGAGCAAGAGUUCGAAUUCAAGUUCAAAUGAGCAGAGACUACCGCUGAAGAAGAGGCAUUAUCAUGUUUCCAGUCCGCACAGCUCGCAAAGUUCCGGAGGAAGUUGCGCUGAAGCUGUUAAUACUGAUGCUAAUUCUACUGAAAAUCAUAUCGAAGAAGCUAUCGAGGCUGCUAUAACUAGGUACGGUGGUGAUUCUUCGAAUGCAACCCAAAAAGAAAAAGUCCCAGUAACACCGAAAAAGAGACAUCGCGAUGCGGAAGAAGAGCCUUUGGAGAAGAGAGAACAGCGAGAAAACAUCGAGAUUAGCGAAGCUACAAUUGAAAAGCCUUCAAGUGCGCCAGAAAUGAACCCUAGGAGGAAAAAGAAGAUUGUAAAAGACUUGAGAGUCACAGUGACGAAGUUAGUACCGGAACUUCAGAUUGAAAAAAUAGAAAAAUCGGAUAAAAGUUGUGAAAGGAGUAUUAAGAGCAACGCGGAGAGGACGGGGAAAGCUGAAAAGGCUGAAAAAGCGGUUUUAGAAAAAAGCUUUAAAGUUCAAGUAGAAAAGAGCUGCAAAGUUCAAGUAGAAAAGAGCUGUAAAGCUCAAGUAGAAAAGAGCUCUAAAGUUCAAUUAGAAAAGAGCUCUAAAGUUCAAUUAGAAAAGAGCUCUAAAGUUCAAUUAGAAAAGAGCUCUAAAGUUCAAUUAGAAAAGAGCUCUAAAGUUCAAUUAGAAAAGAGCUGUAAAGUUCAAGUGGAAAAACAAGAGGUUUCAAAAUCGGAUAAAGCGAAUGUGGAGGUGAAUAAGGUGGAAUUUAUGAAGAAAAGUGAAGCUCCAGUUCCGGAGAGAGUUUUGAAGAAUGAUUCAAGUUCAACAAGUUCUGUUAAGACUGGGCCUAACAUUGUCUUAAAGAAGAAGGUUCGUAGGAGGAAAGCUAUUAACAGAACAGGCUUUCCAACGUUGAAAAAGAAGAAGAAGAAGAUUGUUGUACAGAAGGUUGAUUUAAGAAUGUCUGAAGUUCAGACACCGGAGGAAACUUGUGAGACGUUAGAAGAAAAGCAGCUCGCGAUUAGAUUAGCAGAAGAGGUUCAAAGACGCACUGAAGAGUCAAGAAAAGAACUUUUCUGCGACAUUCAGGAUGCGAAAAAAUCGGCCUGUGCAGAACCACCUCCAUUUCGGGAAUUUUCUCGGCAUUGUUUUUUAGACGAAGAUUCUUGUCCUACAACAUUGUCGCUUUCUAAAGAUUCACUUGAGUGUGAUGGAAGCAGACCUUGUGAUAAGUUGUGCCCAGUGAAAUUCGAUAGGGUCCAGGAUUCAAGAAUUUACGAUGAGAAUGCGACCUUGGAAGAAUCUUUGGAAAGAUAUAAUCUGAGUCAAAGAAUUGCUGAGCUGAAUGAAGAAAACUUGAGGAAAUUGGAUCGCAGCAGUUCUAGAGAAAUCAUGAAACAUGAGUUGUCUUGUAAUAAUAAUCAUAGUCAUAAGCGAAGAAGGGGUUCUGUGAGUCCCUGCAAUUUGACAAUUAGGAAUAUAAAAAGAUUGAAAAAUGCAGGAUAUGAUACAGAGAGCGAUGCUUUCCCGAGUAGUGACUUGGCUAGUGAUGAUCAUGAUUUUGGAAAGCAAGGAAGUUCAGCUCGAGGGAAGAAAAAGCAACCUAGGUGGAAGAAGCGAUAUCUUCAGGCUGGUCUGUUUUCGGAUUACUUUAAAGAAGAUGAACCAAGGAAAGUUAACAGUGCAGACAAUGGAAAGAAGAUGGUUUAUGAUCCUGCGGAACAUCCGCAUGGUUUGCUCCCUCCACCCUAUCAUUGCGGCAAGUUUCUAAGGCAGAGAAAGAUUCCUUUCCAAUUACCGUAUGACUUGUGGUGGUUGCACACUCAUUCCAGAUUGCCUGGAAGAGACCUGGUACCAUCUUGGAAUUACAGGAAAAUCAGAUCGAACGUGUAUUACGAUGUUAAACCAACGACCCUCUACGAGUCUCAAUCAUGCGAGUGUAAACCAGAAACCGCAUGUGGUGACGAAUGUAUAAAUCGAAUGGUGUUCAGCGAAUGUUCUCAGGAGUUUUGCCCUUGCGGUGAAAAAUGCAAAAAUCAAAAAAUACAGAAACACGACUGGUCCCCAGGCCUGCAGAGGUUUAUGACUGAAGACAAAGGAUGGGGCGUUCGAACUCAAAAAUCCAUCAAGUCAGGUGAUUUUAUCCUCGAAUAUGUUGGCGAAGUUGUGUCCGAAAGAGAAUUCAAAUCUAGGAUGGCAACGAGAUACGCAAAUGAUACACACCACUACUGUCUCCAUUUGGACGGAGGACUCGUGAUUGAUGGUCACCGAAUGGGAGGCGAUGGACGAUUCGUGAAUCAUUCCUGUGAACCCAACUGCGAAAUGCAAAAGUGGAGCGUUCACGGAUUGCCUCGAAUGGCACUUUUUGCAUCUAGGAAUAUAGAUUCCGGAGAGGAGUUGACCUACGACUACAACUUCGCACUUUUCAAUCCCUCUGAAGGUCAGCAAUGCCGAUGUGGUAGCGAGGGUUGCAGGGGUGUAAUUGGUGGUAAAAGCCAGAGAGUCGCAAGACCUUUAGCUAUCACUCCUUCUAGAGUUGAUUCUACGGAAAGAAGAUCGGUUGGUCGACCUCGAAAGAACGUUCGGAAAGCAAACAUUGUACAAUCCUCGAAUUCUAAAGGAUUGUGUAAGACUCGCAAGAUAGGAGAGACGAAUAUCAUUACCACACCUCUGGUCAAGCCAAUGUCUCAUCAGCAGAGAUGCUUCGCGCAGGAACAUCACUGCUUCCUACUUCGCAACUUUGAGAAGGUGAAGCGACAAAAAUUGCAAGUCAAUCAAGUACAGAAUCAACCUGGAAAAGUUAAGGCGGCUGGUACAGUUCCAGUCGCCAAAGAAAAGAAUGGAACAGAUUCGAAAUCACAAUCUGAUGCCUUUUUAUCUCAACUCUCGGCGCUAACAAACACCAACGCUAGAACGGUUAGAACUCGAAGGCUGGCGCAAGCUCAGGAUGAUCCGGAGGUUAACAAGACUGCGAAAUUAGCUAAGGUUUUGAAGGAUUUAUAUUCUGUGGUGGCUGGGGCUAACGACGAAAGGGGUAAAUUGCUGUGCACGCCGUUCUUGACUUUGUCAUCGAAAAGAAAAUUACCCGAGUACCACGAUAAAAUUCAAGAUCCGAUUGAUCUCACGAUGAUAGAUCAGGGCAUAGGAAGUGGGCAUUACAAAACCGCAGAGCAAUUCGAUCAGGACAUGAUCAGACUCUUUGACAAUAAUGUUAGGUUCUUCGGUAGAACGUCUGAAAUUGGAAUAGCGGCGGCCAGGUUGAGAAAACUCUACUUGGGAACGAAAUCGGACUUCGUUUAUGCUAUAACGGAAGCGACUGGCUUGCCACCUGCGCAAGGUUUUCUGCCACCUCAAGGAUCCACCGCCGGGGAAGAGGAUGUCAUUCGAUGCAUAUGCGGAUUACAUAGGGACGAGGGACUCAUGAUUCAAUGCGAACGGUGUUUAGUUUGGCAGCAUUGCGAUUGUGUCAAGGCCGAUACGAGCGCGGAAUCGUAUCUUUGUGAGCGCUGUCAACCGCGAAAAGUCGAUCUAGAAAUUCCACUAGGGGGUGAUGAGGAAGAAGAGGGAAAGAAGCACUACAUUGCCCUCUUACGUGGAGAACUUCAAUUAAGACAAGGGGAUACAGUUUAUGUUUUGCGAGAUACACCCGAAAAACAUACUUAUAAAACAAUUCAGAAUCCUGAUUACGAACAGAUGGACAUAUUCCGAAUCGAAAGGCUCUGGAAGAAUCCAAAAGGUGAGAGGUUUGUUUUUGGUCACCACUAUUUGAGGCCUCACGAGACAUACCACGAACCGACACGGAAAUUCUUUGAAAACGAAGUCGUUUGUGCUCCUUUGUACGAGGCAGUUCCAUGUGAUUUAAUAGCGGCGAGGUGUUGGGUUCUAGAUCCGCAUACGUAUUGCAAAGGACGACCUGUUGGUUCAUCACCAGAACACAUUUAUGUCUGCGAAUAUCGAGUAGAUAGAGCUGCGAGGUUAUUCUCGAAAGUUGCGAGAUCAAGACACCAUGUUUGUACGAAACCAUAUGCCUUUGAGAUGUUCCCAGAACGCAUCAAACAUUAUAGAACUUAUCUGCCUCACAGUCUCGAUGGCGUUUCUGGUGUGAAGUCAUUCAAGGAGAAGAAGAAGACCGUUAGUCAAGAAAUUGAACACGGUGGCCAAAAGACGGAAGUGAAAGAUGUCAAUCGAAAUAGUAAAGACCAACAACCUCAGACAGCUAAGCCUUCUAUUGGAAGAGCUAGACGACGAUCGACUGAAAAUUUAACGGUGCCCACAGUGAUAGUAUCCUACGAUAACAGAGAAGAUCAGAGGAAGAGACUGAACCGCAUUCUGCUGAAUCUCCUGCAGAGAAUGCCAAAUAAGAAAGAUCCACUAGAUUUAUCAUUUCUAUUGGAACGGAACAGGAGGAAUCGCAAAAGACCAGGCGGACUUAAUCCGUGACACUGGGUAAUGGCACAACGAUAGUUAUAUUUCACAAAGAUAACGUGGAUUAAUUAUAUUUCAAUUAGAACUAUAAUUUGUCUAAGACAUGUACAUUGGGAGGGGGGUUUAAAUUAUAGGACUAACCGCGUUUUAAUUGUAAAGUGCUUUAUAAAUCAACAGUUAGGUAUGAAAAUAACGUUAAUCAUGAGCUAGGGCAAGAAUAAGUGCGUUUACAAUUUUUAAGAUUGCAACGAUUACGCUACUGUACAGAUAGAAGAGACGGUGAAAAGCAAUUUUAUUUAUUUAUUUUGAUUAUUUACAUAGAUUUUCAAGCUCUUUCGAGCGAAUCGUGCAUUGCGGACACUAAUCUUGCCUAUUUUUUCUCUUGAAUUGAUUUUUUUUUGUAAAGCUUUAACGAAAUUCUUAUUCGUAAUAUUUUGCAUAAAUGCAAGGGUGACAGGGAUUUGCAUAUUUUUCAUAAUUAAUCGUGAUAAUUCAGAUCACUAUUUAUAUAUUACUGCAGAUGCAUUAGAUGUUGAGGGGGGGAAAUUAUUUAAAAACUUCUUAGGAUGCUUAUUUUUGUAAUCAUGUUUUGGUAGCGUUAUUAAUGAGGUAAUGUCUACAAUUAGGCUUUGAAGUUCUUUUUAAGAAUCUAGGUUUUGGAUUUCUGGAAAAUAUUAUUUUAUAAUUUGCAAACUAUUAAGCAAUUUUACAGCUAUAGGAUUUUUAGAUACAUAUUAGACAGAGAAAAAUAAUUACUUUAUGACAACUUUUCACUUCGAUGGCUUAUUGAGUUUUCCGGACAUUAUUAAUUACAUAAAUACAUCCUUUGCAAGAGUUGCAUUUUACUAAUUAAGGUUAUAUUAUUUUCGGAGACUGGAUCUAAAGAAUAAUUCUGUAGUCUUUUUAAAGUUUAUAUUUUUAUUAAUUAAGGUAAAUAAAGAUAUCUUAUUUCCUUAUAAAUAUUACAAGAAAUGUUCAAAAAAUUAUUUGACCAUUAAUGUACCAUAUUACAUGCAGUUGAAUCAUCGUUUUUUGCCAAAAAGUAAAUGCUCUCUUAUAAAUUAAGAUAUUUUUCAAAAUGGAGUAAUAAAAUCUUUUAUAUAAAAUCACAAAAUUACUCUGUAAAAUUCAAGAUUUAGCAUACAUGUUGAGUUCUCGGGAGAUUUAAACUUGAUUGAAGUAAAGUUCAGGCUUUGAUUAUGUAGCAUUAUAGUAAGAGAGUUCGCGCUUCGUAUAUCAUUAUGUUUGAUAAAUGGCCAUAUUGAAACAGAUGCUACAGGUAGAAAGUACUUUAACAGAAUUUAGUGCUUUAAGUGAUAUAUUUAGUAAAGUAUAUUUGUAAACAAGUGCAUGAUACGAGUAUUUAAUUGAGGAGAAAUAGAUUCGCGUGAAGAAUCAAUGCACAUAAACUUAUCUGAUGAUACACAAUAUUUUAAGGAUGUAAUCAAUCAAUUGCACGUGUAAGGCUAAUUUCCAAUUUGAUAUUGUGACCCGGUUCAGCUGUGAAACUUUAUUUAAUGUAUAUGGGUAAUUGUACAGAGUUAUAUUUGUAAAUUAUUUGCAUUCUUGUCAAACUAAGCAUUAUUAAGAGAAGAUAGUUCAACUGUACAAACUAUGCAAAUAUACAGUAUCGUGGGUGCAGAUCCCACUCGAUUGCAUAACCGUAGUAUUAUAUUUUUCAUAAUCCUGAUAUAAUCAGCGAGGUGUGUAAAAUAAGACUAAAUUCUAAACGAAUUUGAGCGUUGUUCUAAAUUAUUAUUGUUGCAAUCAAUUGCGUUGAUUCUUGUUUAUGUACAUCCUGACGCGAAACGAGCGGAAGUUUUAAAGAUGCUACUUUGUAAAUACACAACGUAUUUAUUAAAUCAUGCUAUCAGAAUAGAAAAAACACGCGCAUAUGUGUAGAUGUGAAUGUGAAAACACGAGAAUGUUUGAGUCAUGAGUAAAGUCAAGCGUAAGUGUAAAUCCAGAUUUCAUUAUUCAUCGAAUUUUAAUUAUAAGCCGACCCUGAUUAAAAUCUAGCUGAGAAUUGAAAAGUCGUGAUUGGGUUCGAAAGAACGUCCAUCCGUCCCUAAUCGUCUAAUAGUGUAAUCAUAAUCGUGUUUUUUAAUUGUCUUUUCAAUCAAUUUUCAAUCAAGAUUUUAAACAGGGAUGUUAAAAGGCACACGAGGAACCAGUUUCAGUAAAACUUAAUAGAGCAUCUAUGUAUCAAUAAUUCUCUUUUAGAAUAAAUCAAAAGUCAUGUAACAGCUACACUAAUAGCGACUCAAUUUAUUAAACAAACAAUGACAUGGCAAUAAAGUAUUUUAUUACGGAAA